AGACAAGACGUGAAGAGCAGUCACAGGCCUCACAGCAAGACAGGUGCCCAAAGUGCAAACCAACAUGGACAGAACCAAGGGCUGCCAAUUCUUCAUCACAGUGGUGUGUAUGGUGGCUGUGUGUGGGGCCAUUCCCAUUGGAGACCUGCUGGACCGGGCCUCUCAGCGCUCCGACAAGCUGCACUCGCUCAGCACCCUGCUCACCCAGGAGCUAGACACACAUUUUCCUCCCAUUGGCCGAAUGAUGAUGCCCCGCCCCUCCAUGUGCCACACAUCUACCCUGCAAGGUCCCACUGACAAAGACCAGGCUCUCCAAGUGUCUGAGCACAACCUAAUGUCCCUGGUACGGUCCUUGCUCCAGUCCUGGGCAGACCCUCUGGUGCUGUUGUCUGCUAAUGCUAACACGCUGCCUCACCCAGCCCAGAGCAGCAUUGCCAGCAAGAUCCAGGAACUCCAGGAGAACUCCAAGAGCCUGGGAGAUGGCCUGAAUAUUGUGUCAGGCAGGAUGGGCCCGGCUGCUCAGGUGGUCUCCGUUUUUCCUUAUCAAGGGAAUAGUGACUUUGGGAAUGACAAGAUCUCCAAACUCAUUAACUUCCAAUUCCUGUUGUCCUGCUUUCGUCGAGAUUCCCACAAAAUUGACAGCUUCCUCAAAGUCUUGCGUUGCCGAUCAGCCCAAAUACGGCCUGAGAUGUGUUGAAGUGCUAUUCAACAAUGCUUCAAUUUCCUGCCAGUCAGUAGUGUCUGUUUACUGUCAUCUAUCAAGUACUUUUAUCCUGGGAAUCACUGCCAACCGAAAGCAACAUGGGGUUAAAAUUUAUUUUAUUACAUAAAUAAUUUGAUGCAUCAAUGUUGAUGUAGAACAGUAAGUCAAUUCGAAAACAUAUUUUUAAAAAGUCUGGAUAUCGAUUUUGAAUUUGGCCGCUACCUUUACGACAGUGGUGUGCCCUUGUGUCCUUGGGCAAGACACUUUUCCUCUCACCUUGCCUAGGUAUGAAUGCGUUAGUGUGGUCACAAGAGACAUGAAGGCAUGAUGAUAAGCAGUGUGACAGUGGUGUGAAUGAAAAAUGCAUUGAAUUAAAAGUGCCACAAAAAGUGAAUAAUGAAUUGUUAUUGAUAUUUUCAAUAGUCCUUGCUGAACAAAUUGCUGAAAUGUUGUCAUUCUAGAGCCGUUCACAGGUUGAAGAUGCUUGAGUAGUGGCUACCAGUAAAAUUUGCACUUUACACUUUUUUCCUGUAAACUCUUUACAUUUUGUUAUUUUGAAUUUGCUUUAAGACUAAUAAAAUGUGUUGCAUAACA